AGUAUCCUGCUCAAUGAAGGCCUCCGUGCAAAGCGCUUGCCUCGGGUCGCCAUGCCGGUCCGAGGCGGACACAGGACUCCGGCGCUGUACAUAUCACUUACUGGUGUCGUGGAGGUUCUGUUCCUGAUUCUUCCUUCAGAUGCCUUGGAGAGGCACGGGCAGCCGUUCGCCAGCAAUGCGAUGGGUGGGGGAUCUAGAGCAGGAGUUUCCAUUUCCGCUGAUGGGCACGCUGGUCAUGGUUAUUUGUAUACGCGGGAUCCCGUUUGCUUGCCGAGGUUCUGCAUCAAUCCGAUCUUCCCGGGGCUGAUGCAAUUCGAACAUAAUGUGCUGGACAACCACACGAAGCGGCCGUGGUACUGCGCAGACUCGAGUGCAAUUUGGAGGCGCAGUGGGAUAUGUGAGCGUAUUGUUGUUGGCUACGAGUUCGCGUUGCCGGGCGACCAGCCAGGAUCUACCCAAGAAGAGCUCGCUCUGGCCCAGGGCAGGAAAGCGCUGACAGCAUACGUAUCGCACCUGACGGGAAUGGGCUAUGAUUUCUGGGACUACACCGAGCCUUGGAAGCACGACGAUUGCAUUCAAUCUGUCUGGAAGAUGUCGUGUUACACUUAUUUUCCAAGGUGCCACCAGUCAGGGCGAUAUCUCCGCCCUUGCGCUUCCACUUGCGAGAGCUACGUGCACACUUGCAAGGUGCAGUGCUGUGACGAGGGCGUGCAGUGCGUCUUCAAGCACGAGACGGACCUGAAUGACGGGAGCAUCAAAGUGGAGGAGGCUCCUUGCGCGGCUUGUUUAAUUGCUUGCGGUCAGUGCAGCGUUCAUGCUCGGGCCUCGACGAGCAAAUGUACCAAUGUGCUGCCGCUGAGCUUCUGAGCAACAUGUUUUCGAUGUCGUCUGUUGAACUAAGUUUUGCUAGACUCGUUUGCACAGCUUGCCUUUUCUGAUACAUUGCUGCUUUUGAGGGGUAUGACCGCCAUCACGGACCUUCACCCCUGUGUACGGGGGCAGCUGCAAGUUUGUCUCCUACGAUUUGGUUGGGCGCGCUAGCGGUGGUGCCUUCUGUUGUUGUUCACUUGAUCUGCUGAGAAUGUGAUGCGUCUGGACAGUAAGGCGGCAACAACUAGUUCGCACGCCGAUGCAAUCUUAGAACAAUCACAUCUGUGGGCGAUGGGCAGCUGCGCUAUCCUUGUAGGGCAGGGGAACCUGCUGUGUACGGACAUGUGCGCGUGCGCCCGUUGACGUACAUCUGCGUAAGCGGUGCAGCCUAUGUGAAACUGAUCGUGUGUGUGUGUGUGUGUGUGUGUGUGCGUGUUCGUCUACACUCCCGCCUGGAGGCGCUUUCUCCAAUUGGCCAGAUGAUCUGUUGGCGCCCGCAUAAGUUUCUCGAAGUUGAGAAGAUUGUUCUUUUUUCUGGGCCACACGCUGUCGCCAUCGGAAUGAUGUCGGAGUCGUUUUCAGGCAGAUUGCGCCCGCUCUUGGAGCCACCAUGACCACCCAAGUGAAGCAAGUCAACGUUUUCUCCAGAUGCUGCGUGCUCUGAUGUGACAGCGGGAGGGUUACGCAUAUGAUGUUUUCUAAUCUCAGUUCCUGUUGCUCUUACCCCGCUGCCUCGCCCAGGUGCUUCGGCAUUGGGUUGCCUUGCCAGCAUUGUGAUUGCGAGUGCUUGACUGUGAUCAGCUGCAGCAGAGAAAUAAAUAGGUUGGGGCCUGUCGGUGUCAAGUGGAACUCGUCAUACGUCUACAUGUAGCUAGGGGCUGUUUUAGAUGUCGGUGGUGAAAGGGGUGUAUUGAUCGAGAGCCUUGGGCGCACGAGCAAGGGUCUCUGCCAAACCAUUCUCUCAGCAGCGAGUGCUGAGGGUCCUUGGUUCUGGAAGGGUGUCCAGUGGACUCUUGACUCCCCGGUUCGUCGGCCCCGCGGGACUUGCCUGCCUGGGGCACGGCUUCACGAGGCCUGUUGGCCCCGUGGCCCCGUCAGCGGCUGGCUCCGCAUGCCGCUGGCCCCGGGUCCCGCUGGCCCGGUGGCCCUGCGGCCGCGCGGUGGAGGAGUGCCUCAGAUCGGAGUCGUGUGCGUGCGUCUCAAUGUGGAAGGCGGGAUUUGGAUGGUGUGUCCUCGUCGAGUUGAUUCUGGGUCCUCACGUCGCGCCCCCCUCCCGCCCCUCCCCGCGCGUUUCUACUACUGCCCCCCCUGUUCCUCCUUCCGACUUGAC